AUGGUACUGCUUUUCUUACCCUUGGCAAGCGCUCUGCAGCUCAAAAGCGUCUGCAAAGAAAGGAGGGAAUUUUUAGGCUCAAAUUGUUAUUACAAGAGAAGAUCCGCAGUGGAGCAGAAGAAGCCGUGGCUCUUUCUAUGCACAUCUGGCAAAUUUUCAUGUGCCUUCGAUUUUUCACUAAAACGCUGGCACAAGAUUCUCAAUCCUCCUCUCUACAGACAAAGAAUUGUUAGUGCUAGUGGGAAUUUGGUUUGUCUGGGGAAUUUAGUGGCAAAUUGUAGAGCGUUGAGCAUCUGUGACCCGGUCAGAAAGUUAGUGACAAAUCUGGUGCCCAUGAAUAAAAUUCAGUUUAUACAUAAAGCUAGCUUGAAUCUUCACAAAGACGAGACGUAUAAGAUCGUGGUGGUGGGAGAGAACGACCGUGCUGUGAACAAUUUUGGACUAGGAUUGGUGACAGAAGUAUAUGAUUCCAAGACUCAGAUUUGGAGAAUGUCAGGAGAAACAAUGGCUGAAACCAAAUUCGGGCUGGAUGCCGGAGUUUGGAUAAACAAUCGGUUUUAUUGCAUUGUAGAGAUGCCUUAUGGCGUUGUUUUUUUCGACCAGAAAAGAGAUGUCUGGGAAGAAUUGGAAGCUAAAAUGCCUACAGGUUGUAAUGAUAUUUCUUCGCCGUGCCUUGUGGAAUGCAAAGGCCGUUUGUUAAUGGUUAUGAGGAACAUCAUGGAGAGCGGUAAUAGUAAAUUUCAGAUGUGGGAACUUGUGAAAAAGAGGGAUGUGUCAAAGGAAAAGGAGUAUGAAUGGGUGUUAUUGGAAGAAAUGCCUGAGCAUAUUGAGCUAGAAUUCAUGGCUUCUUCGAGAUGGGGUAACAUAUCGCAGAGAUUAAUAUGUUGUGGAGUGGGGGAUUGGGUGUGCAUGAUCACUCAGCUUAGUCCGAGUGCAUUGGCGUUUAACAUGGUGAGGAAAAAGUGGGAAUGGUUAGGCAAAGACCCUGCUUUUCCACAAGGUCGCAAUUCCCAUCUCUACGCCUUUCCUCUUCACACCAUUUCACAUUGUCAAUUGUGA